AUGAUAAGGUGUUGUUUGCUUGACGUGCAGUGGAGUGUGGACAUUCUUAUGAGCCGCGAGAGAUAUCUCAGGGUACUGAGGCUCAGAGAGGAGAUAAGUGAUGCAGAGCGGGCACACGUCGAUGCGAUAGGGCUGGGCUAUGUGGUGUGGAUGCCACACAUUCGGUCACAUAUGACGAUGCUAACAACAUUGAUAGAGCGAUGGAGGAGCGAGACCUCUACCUUCCACUUGCCUAUAGAUGAGAUGACUGUGACUCCUGAAGACGUAUAUCAGAUCAUGAGACUGCCGAUACGAGGAGUUUGGCGUAUUGCGAGGAGGAUCGAGCAGGUGGAGGUCGUCAGACUCCUAACUGGAGGAGAGUUUCCCUUGCAUUGGAGGAUGCUAUCACUGGAGCAUGCGGCGACACAAGCACCGCCAGAUAGAUUGAUAUACAUCUAUAUCUGUGCACUUGUUAUUAGCUACAUCAUUCUAGAUCGUGGCAAGAGGCCUAUCGUACUGGGGAUGAUCCCAGUGGUUGUAGAGGCAGUGGAUAGCAACGAGAGACCUAUGGCUUGGGGUACCUUGGUUCUGAUGGAGCUAUACACAGAGCUCCAUGAGAUUGUACAUCAUCCGGGAAGGGGAUUAAAAAUUUUCACACUCUUACAGGUAUGGGCAUGGGAGCAUAUUGUUGUCACGUGA